CCCCCGGCUCGUCUCUCCGCAGAGUGCCUCCGCGGCAACGGCGCGUCCUACCGCGGCAGCCGGCAAGUGGCCUCCGGCGGCGCCCCGUGCCUCAACUGGCUGACGGUGCGGAGCGGCCCCGGCGCCGCGCUCCCCGCAGUCGAUGAGGACCACAACAGCUGCAGAAACCCGGACGGCGACGCCGCGCCCUGGUGCUACAUCCGAGGCGCUACCGGGAUCCCCGAGCGGCGAUCCUGCGACAUCGCCUACUGCUCAGAUACUACAGAUACUACAGCUACCACAGCCCCAGUCCCUACGGCAGAAGUUGGUGCUUCCCAGGAGGAUGAGCAGGUGUUUGAACCAGCUGAUACCUUGCCCUCCCGGAGCGAGGCAGCCGCAGUGCAGCCCGUCAUUGGCAUCAGUCAGAGAGUACAGAUGAACUCCAAAGAAAAGAAGGACUUAGGGACACUAGGUUAUGUGCUGGGGCUGAUCAUGAUGGUGAUAAUCAUUGCCAUCGGGGCUGGAAUUGUGCUGGGAUACAUCUAUAAGAGGGGGAAGGACCUGAAGGAGAAGCACGAGCAGAAGGUUUAUGAGCGUGAAAUGCAGCGCAUCACGCUGCCCCUGUCCGCGUUCAGCAACCCUGCGUGCGAGCUGGUGGAUGAGAACACCAUCGUGGUGCACACCAGCCAGACCCCCCUGGAGGAGAGGCGGGACGGGGGCGGCCCCCUCAUGGGGCAGGCGGGGACUCCCGGGGCCUGA